AUGACAAUAUUACCAAUAACAUUGCUAAUUCUUGUAAUCCCACUCCCAUCCAUGGGAUGUCCUUUCGAUAUAUCAUGUACACAUGAUAACAACAUGAUUCUUCAACUACCUUCUAUAAAACUCCUCGUUCAUGAAAUUGACCACACAUCGCGAGUAUUAAAAGCAAGCGAUCCUGAAAAUUGUCUUCCACGCCUCUUUUUUCACCACAACUUCUCAUCAUUAAUUUUUCCUUUUCGGAUAUAUUCGAAAGGAGGGAAAUUUAUCAAUAUUAGUUUCUUUCAUUGUUCUCCAUUAGAACAAGGUUUUCGAGGGACAUACUAUAGUGAACUGCUCGACAAAGUUUAUUGUCCAAUUUAUAUGGCAGGAUUUGACGGGGAUAUGGUUUUUUUAAACCUUCUUUCCUGCACCAAACUGUCUCCACGAGGUUGGCCGCCCCUUUUUCUUACACAAGAGUCUUUGUAUAAUAUACAAGAAAACUCAAUUUCACUCUCAUGGUUGGAAACAAAUUUUGACAAAGGAUGCUUUGAAUGUAAGCACAAAACAAAGAAGAUUAUUUUAUUCUCUGCAGGUGUAAUUAUUUGUUCAGCGGUACUUGUUCUUUUAAUAGGUGGAGUUUUUCAAAUAUAUCACUAUUUUAAAAUGAAAGACGAAGAUUAUGCAAGAAUUGAAAACUUUUUGAAGGACUACAAAGCUUUAAAGCCAACUAGAUUUUCCUACGCCGAUAUAAAAAGAAUCACAAAUAAAUUUAAAGAUAAGUUAGGUGAAGGGGCUCAUGGAAUUGUUUAUAAAGGUAAGUUGUCAAACCAGAUUCAGGUUGCCGUAAAAAUGCUUAAUAAUGCAGAAGGAGAUGGAAAUGACUUCAUAAAUGAAGUGGGAACCAUGGGCAAAAUCCACCACAUCAAUGUAGUUCGUUUGCUUGGCUUUUGUGCAGAUGGAUUUUAUCGUGCUUUAGUAUAUGACUUUUUUCCAAAGGGUUCGUUGAAUAAUUUCAUUUCUCUGCCCAACAACAAAGAUGAUUUUCUUGGAUGGGAUAAGUUGCAACAAAUUGCUCUAGGCAUAGCAAAUGGUAUUGAGUAUCUUCACCAAGGCUGUGAACAAAGAAUUCUACACUUUGAUAUCAAUCCUCAUAAUGUUAUGCUAGAUGAAAAUUUCACUCCAAAGAUUACAGAUUUUGGUUUGGCUAAGAUGUGUUCAAAAAAUCAAAGUGUUGUGUCUAUGACUGCAGCUAAAGGAACAUUAGGCUACAUGGCACCUGAAGUUUUUUCUCGAAACUUUGGAGAUGUCUCUUAUAAGUCUGAUAUAUACAGUUACGGUAUGUUAUUGUUGGAGAUGGUCGGGGGAAGAAAGAGUACAAAAAAAUCUGAUGAUGAAGAAAAUAUUCAGAUUAUGUAUCCAGAAUGGAUCCAUAAUUUGCUUGAAGGAGGAGAUACACAAAUCUCUAUCGAUGAAGAUGGUGAUUUUACAAUUGCAAAAAAAAUGGCAACGGUAGGACUUUGGUGUAUCCAAUGGCACCCUUUGCAUCGUCCGACAAUGAAAACUGUAAUACAAAUGCUUCAAGGAGAAGGGGACAAAUUAAAAGUACCAAUCAACCCUUUCGGACCUACAGCUUCAACUAAUACAAUUGCUAAUACUGUUGUAAAACGUCUGAAUUUGGAGUUGGACGUAAUUCAAGAAUUAGAUUAG